AUGUCCUUGGAACAAUCUUCAUUCUAUCAUAAUGGUUCCGGUGGAGCUUCAUACGGAUAUGAUCUUGCAUAUGGUGGAGGUUUACAAGAUGAUGCAUUUGGAGGUUAUUCAGGUUAUGAAACAGCAUCUACAGCAGAAUAUGGAGCUGGAGUUGGUGGUGUUGUUCUAGGUGGUAGUGGAGGUAUUAGUGGUGGAUAUUAUUCAUCAUCCAUUAAUGGUCUUGGUUUGCAAGACGCUUCCGCUGUAUUACUAGCCAGUGGUAUUGGUAAUAGUGGAUAUUACUCAUCAUCCGUUGGUGGUAAUUAUGGUUUAGGGGGUUUCGGACACCAAGCAGCUUCCUUAGCAACGCAUUAUGCAACGGAUGCUCAAGGUCUAUAUCAAGAUCCUAAUCCUCACAUUAUUCGUCGACCAGCUCCAGGUGGUGCACAAACAUAUACUCAACGAGUUUCAGUUAGAUUUUUACAACCACCACCAGUUCCUCCACCAGGUCCUCUUAUUAUUAAAGAAGUUCGUCCAAUUCAACCACCACCACCACCACCACUUUAUAUUCGACAACGUCCACCACCUCCACCUGUAUUACCACCCGUUGUUAUUCGUGAAGCUCCACCUAGACUACCACCACCAGUAGCCACACAAGUGAUUACUAGGAUGCUUCCACCAAUACCUGUACCACCUCGUUCGGUUAUUAUCGAACGUUUACCACCUCUUCCACCUAAACCACGUGAUAUUAUCGUCGAGCGUUGGUUGCCAUAUCGAGUUCAACAUAAACGUCGUGUGAUUCUCCAACGAGCUCCACCUCCAAUAAUUCCCAAACCACGUAAUAUUAUUAUUUAUUAUGAACCACCUAGAGCUCAGGUUGUUCGUCGAUUUGUAAAUAUGGGUGUUGCAUGUGUUAAUCCAGCUGAAUACGUUGCACGUUAUGGAACUCAAUUGGAAGAUGCUCACUCACUUAUUUCACAUGCUCGACAAGCUGGUGUUGUUGAAGAUAUUUCACCACCUGCUGGUGCAAUACAUGGCUUGCAAUCAGCUAAUUACGGAAGUUAUCAAUUAGGUGGUGCUGGCUAUGGUAUCAGUGGCGGUCUUUCGACAGUAGGAGGUGGUGGCUACAGUUUAGGUAGUGGCUAUGGUCUAGGCGGUGUUGGUGGCUAUAGUCUAGGUGGUGCUGGUGGCUAUAAUCUAGGCGGUGCUGGUGGCUAUAGUCUAGGCGGUGCUGGUGGCUAUAGUCUAGGCGGUGCUGGUGGCUACAGUAGCGGUUUUGAAUCAUCAGCUGGUGAUUCGGGAUAUUGGGGUUAUUCAACUGGUCUUGGUAGCGAUAGUGGCUAUGAAGCAUAUUCAUCUGAACAAAUAUAUGAACUUUUAAAAAAAGCUGAUCAAAUAAGUCAAUUACAUUCACAUAAUAAUUCUCAAGAAAAGAUCGAUAUUUAUCAUGAAGUAGCACAAGCAUGUCAAUCUAUUGGUAAUUAUGAUGAAGCAAUAAAAUAUUAUAAUCUUGAAUUAUAUGAAUCACAAUUAGCUGAUUUACAUGAUGAUAUUCUUUAUUGUUAUCGAUUUUUAGGUGAAUGUUAUUUAUAUAAAAAUGAAUUUUAUACAAGUGAAAGAUAUUAUUUAAAUUUUUUAUCAUUAGCAAAACAAUAUAAUAAUAAUGAACGUAUUGAACAAGCAUAUACAUGUUUAGCAAAUAUAUAUUGGAUAUGGUUAAGUUAUUUACAAGAUGAUAUACUUUAUGAUUGUGAAUAUGAUCAAUUUCCACGUGAUUUAUGUAAACGAAGUUUUGAUGCAGCAAAAAAUAGUUUAUUAAUUAUUAAAAAACUUGAUGAUAAAUUAGAAAUUGAUAUAAAAGAAAAACGUUUUAAUAAAAUAAAAGAUAUUGAACAAAGACAACAAGAUUUAGCAUUAAAACGUGUUAGAAGUUAUAUUAACAUUGCAAAUGUUAUGAGUGAAAAAUAUCUAAACGAUGGUAAAGAUAAUGCAAAUCUUCAAGCUUUUAGUCAAUAUAUAAAAAAUGCUAAUGAACUUUCGAAAAAGUAUAAUUUUUAUGAAGAAUUAGCACGUCUUCAUUCAUCUGUAUCAGGCUUUUAUCUUUGCUUACCAAAUUAUUUACAGUAUAAACAAGAAAUCAUUGCUACUAUGAAACAAGCGAUACAUUAUGUUCAAUUAACAAAAAAUACCAAUGAAUAUUUAUCAUGUUUAUAUGAUAUAGCUCAAACAUUUAUUUCAUUUGAUGAAUAUGAAGAAGCAAAAAUUUAUCUUAUGAAAAUUUAUCAUUAUAAAAAAAUUGAUGAUUUAUUAAAAGAAAAAGUAUUUCAAGAUAUAACUAAUAUUCAACAUAUUCUUACAGGUCUUGAAAAUGAUUAUGAAAACGAAAUUAAUUUAAGAAAAAAAAUCUAUUUAGCAGAAAAAUGUGCUGAUAUAUUUUCUCAUUUUAAUCGAUAUGAACAAAGUAAAAAUUAUUAUCUUAAACAAUUAAAACAUGCUCAAGAAUUAAAUUUAGAUGAAAAUCAUAUGGCAACUAUUUAUUCAUCACUUGGUUGUAUUUAUCAAGAUUUAAAAGAAUGGCAAUUAAGUAUUGAUUAUUUUCGACGUGAAAUGAGUUGUCGUAUUGGUUUAGAUAUUCAUGCUGAUAUUGAACAAGGUUAUUCACUUUGUGAAAUAAUUAAAUGUGAAUAUCGUCUUAAAAUUGAUCUUAAUUCACGAAUAAGAACAUUUCAACGAGUAUUAACUAUUGCUCGAUCGACAAAUGAUAGAAAUUUAAUUAGAAUGGCAGUUGCACUUGUAUUUGCUAUGAAAUUACGUAAUUCACAUAUAUAUUUAAAUAAUGAUUUAGAAGAAUUUAUAGCAAAUAUUCAACCACCUAUAACAGAAGAAAAUUAUAGUGAAAUUUUACGAUGUUCGGAAUGUUAUUUUAAUGAAAUUACAAAUUUAAUAGAAUCACAUGAAAAUCUAACAGACAAUGAUGAUGAUAAUGAUGAAGAAAAUCAUGAAAUCAUACAAAAUAGAAAAGAUUUAAUGAAGAUAAAUUCUUCUCAUGAAAAUCGUUUAAAUUUAGCAUGUAAAGAAAAAAAUGGUUUAGAAAAAAUCAAACAAUAUAUUAUUGAAGGAGACAAUAUUAAUAUUCUUGAUUGUCAUGGUUGGACACCAUUACAUAAUGCUGCUUAUUAUGGACAUAUUGAUAUUGUUCGAUAUCUUCUUGAUCAUAAAGCAAAUAUUAAUGCACGAACAAAUAAUGGCAUAACUGCUCUUAUUAAUGCAUGUUAUAAUAAAUAUUUCGAUAUCAUUGAAAUAUUAUUGAUAUACGGUGCACAAAUUGAUAUUCGUACAAAUAAUGGUUAUACAGCUAUUGAUUAUUUGAUUGAUUAUAAUAAAAAUAUAUCAUUAGAUGAUCAUCGAAAAUUGAAUUGUUUUAAAGAACAACUUUUAGCUACUAUACGAAAAAAUGAACCAAUUUAUUGUAUACAACAAAUUAUUCGAAAUGAUUUUGAUAACAAACAAACAUUAGAUAAAGAAAAAAAUUCUCAAUCUUAUUAUAAAACUAUUCAAACAAAUCGUAAUAUGAUAACAAAUCAACGAGUAUGUUUAAUAAAGAAAAGAAAGAAAUUUUUCAUUGAUACAUAUGAAAAUAAUUCAAUUGCUAAUGAUUCUGAAUGUAUUGAAACAAUAUCAAGAAUACAAAAAGAACAUUUACAUUCACCAUUAUAUACACCUGAACAAAAACGACAAUGCACAAUGACGAAUAAUCAAUCACUAUUAUCAAAUGAUAUUGAAAUAUUUAAUACUGAUAAUUUUGAUUUUAUGAUAUCAUUUCAAAAAAAUUCACCUAUUUCAUCAUUUCAAACAAUAACACCAAAAUCAACAAUAAGAUCACGACAAGCAUCAACAACAUCAUCAAUUAAUACAACAAUUCUUCUUUCACCUUCUAUUUUACAUGAUACAAAUACAAGAAUUAUUCGAUGUUUAGCUAAUACAAGUGAUCGAACAAUUCAAGAUAAAAGACUUCGAAUACCAAUAUCAUCAUCAGAUACUAUAACUAAUCUUCGUUAUCAAAUACUUAAACGUUUAUAUGAUAAUUUUAAUAUAUAUGCAUGUUUUGUUACACUUUACGAUAGACAAGAUUGGGAAUUAGGUAUAUUCGAAAGUGAUACUAUUCAAUUGACUAUACCGGCUGAUGAAUCUGAUAUUAAAGCAAUUUAUAUUGAAAAAAAUCCAAUUAUUGUUUAUGAAGAAAUUUGUAAAGAAAAGUGUUUAGUUGUUUAUUCAAAUAUUCGAUCUAUAUUAAAAAUAUUUUUUGAUAAAUUUGAAUUAUCACUUCAACGAUUAAGUUUAAAAUUAGAACAAGCUAUUAGUAUAUUAAAAGUAUUCGAAAAUUUUAUGUUUAUUUAUUCAAUUGAUUUAUCAGAGAAUAAUCUAACUGAUGAAAUAUUUGAUCAAUUAAGCAAAUUAACAUUAGAUCAACUUAAAUCAUUAAAUUUAUCAAAAAAUAAAUUUACAUCAAAUGGUAUUGGAAAAUUAUUUGAAGAAAAAACUAUGGCACUAUUUAAAAUGGCUGAUUUAAAUACAGUAGUUGAAGAUGUUCCUGCUGAAGCUUUCGGUUCAGAAAAACGUAGUUCAAAACCACGUGUUUCUGUACCUCGUAAUCCAAACUUACCCGGCACUAGUGGUUUUGGUGCAAAUGCUGCAGCUGCACGAGCUCGUCGUCAAUCAUCUCGUACUUCAAUUCCUCGUGCUGGAUUUGAUCGUCGACUUAUUCGAUAUGAAAAUACAUAUCGAAUGGAACCUGAUGAUGAUCAUAAAGUUGAUAUAGCUCGAUUACGUCGUGUUGCAACAAGUGUUAUUGAAACAGCUAUAUCUGGUUAUAAAUAUGAUCCAAAUCAAGGAAAACAAUUUUCUUUAGCCUUAGCUGAACGUAUACGUGGUCAAAUAAAACAAUUACCAUUUCAACGUUAUAAACUUGUUGUACAAGUAACUAUUGGAGAAAAGAAAGGUCAAGAUUUACGUGUAGCUAGUCGAUGUAUAUGGGAUGUAAAAUGGGACCGUCAUUUAACAAUUUCAAAAGAAACUUCAGAUGCUUAUGUAACUGUAACAAUUUUUCUUGUUUAUACAGACUAA